AUGGCAGAUUCUACCCGCAAUCAAGCUCCUCCCCCUGCACCCCCACUGCCUCCUGCUCCCCCUCCUCUACCGCCGCAGAGAUAUGCGACUAAAGCAACAAGCGCCUUUGUGCGAUUUGCGCACCCUUUUUUCUACGGAUCACGGCCGCCAAGUCCACAGCAGAGCUCACCGCGGGUUGCUAUCCCUAUCACGCCCGAUGUGAAGCAUGCGUCUUCCACGUCAGUUUUUAUCAAUCAUGCUCUCUCGUGGAUUGGGCUAUUACUCUGGGCUGGAGCUUCGCCGAUAAUAUCCCACAAAACCGGAAUUCCGAUCGCUGCUCUCGACGUAUCCCCUCAACGCACCCACGCCAUCCUUGCCGGCCGAGAAAUCUUGAAAACUAUUAGGGUCACGCCUGACCAUUGCUCUGAAGAAGUCAAUAUUCGUUCUGCUAUUAUUGGAUAUUGUGCGACUCAUAAUGCUUCACCGGCGGCACUAUCGUCUAAAUACAAGGAUCAAUUGGCCGCAAAGGACGUUAAGUGGUCUAAUGGGGAAUACGAUCAAAUUAUUGCAACUGCCGCUACCAAUGGACGAAUUUCUGUCUUUGAUUUGAACCGUGCAAGUGUGGAAUUGGGCCGGUUCCAGGAGCACACGCGCCAGGUUCACAGGCUGGCAUUCAAUCCUCAUAGGGGAGCAUGGCUUCUAUCGGGGAGCCAGGAUGCAACAAUCCGGAUGUGGGACCUUCGUGCGUUAUCGGGAGGAAGAGGAGUUAUGAACUUUGGGAGCAAACACCGCUUCAAUGGACAUAGUGAAGCGGUUCGUGAUGUCCGGUGGUCGCCUGCUGAUGGGGUCGAAUUCGCCACAGCUACUGAUAGCGGUGCCAUCCAACGCUGGGACGUACGCAAAGAGAACGCGCCCUUGAUGAAAAUAAAUGCCCAUGAAAAGGCUUGCUCGGUGAUCGACUGGCACCCAGACGGAAAGCAUUUGGUUAGCGGCAGCGCAGAUCGCCUCAUCAAAGUCUGGGAUUUUUCAUCCACUGACCGGAGACAGAAACCGUGCUUUCAGCUUCGGACACCGCAAUCCAUAUCAAAUGUCCGAUGGCGUCCUGCUUCGUGGGCAGGAAACGAUACGGACACCGGAGACUGGCAGUCGACCCAGAUCAUAACAGCCUAUGACCAAGAAGAUCCACGAAUUCAUCUGUGGGAUUUCCGGCGGCCACACCUUCCAUUCAAGGAGUUCGACCAUUACACCCGGUCAGCAACGGACAUGCUGUGGCUCUCAAGCGAUAUUCUAUGGUCUGUUAACAGUGAUGGGAUAUUCACCCAAGCGGACAUGAGCCAUGCGCCUCAGGUAAUUCAACGGCGGAGGGCUUGUGCUGUAACGUGGAAUCCAAAUGGCGGUAUCGCAUUCGCCCGUCAACGGCCCAGGAGGCGCCAACCAAGUACCAGCUUUAGCCUGGCAGAAUUUCUUGGGCACGAUACCAUUUCUGGUGCAAAUGAAAAGAAUGCUAGUUUUACAGAUACUGCAGCAGAUGACCCUCCACUAACCUCUAAUCGAAAGCGAUCGAACAGGAUAUCAUAUUCUCGGUUGUCCAAGUCUCUCAGCGGUACAUCCUCAAUUUCGGAAGAAGAAUUACCGCAGAUCGUCCCCCUUGAAAAGGCUGUUGCCAAAAGUGGACUAUAUCAACCGAGUGAAACCGGAGUAAUUGGGCAGAUAUCCGGUGCAACGAUUGAUCAAGACAUCUUUGCACAUCUCGCCAAAAACUAUUCGUCUUUAAUAACGAAUCAUCUUAAGCAAGGAGUUAAGCCAGCGAGGGUGAAACUGUUUCUGGAUACCUUUGAUCAUAAUGCCACACAAGCCGAGCGUGUGGGUUUGCAUAAGCUCGCUCAGACGUGGAGAGUCGCGAAAUAUGCUGUUUCCAUGGAACUUAUUUCUCGCGCGAGGGAACAGAAAGAUGGCUGCAAUGUUGAUUCCAACAAGCCACUUUCCCAGACGGAUGGACAAAUUGGCGAAAAGAGGCGUAUAACCAAGGAGACGCUGGCAGGAAAACCUGCAAGUCGGUUAUUUGAAAAAGUUGCUGAAGCCAAAGCUCAAGCCCUGGUGACCCCAGAAAUUGAGACAAACUCGAAUAUCACAACUCCGCUUGCCCAACCUAUCCCUGAUGUACCUGCAGGAGAGCUUGGUGGUGAUAAGAUCAAAAACUCACCAGGAGAUGAAUCCCCAAGGUUUAAACCACUGCCACCCUCGAUUUUGGGUUCUGGAAAAUGGUCAAACCAUGCACCCACACCUGAUGAUAAUUCGAAUCGAGCGAAAGGAAAGGAACCUCGGUCGGCGAAAGAUUCUCGUACUUCCCCCCGAAGCUUGUCACCUGACGGGCUACGAGAGCGUGAACUUGCCCAAAAAGAUCUAUUUGUUAACGGGCACCGCUCGGCACCGCGUGCAAUUGCUCGUCGUGCUGAUUGGAGGCUAGAGGAUGAUGGAGGAUUUGAACGCCGCGAUGAAGUAAAGGGCCCGGAUUAUGAUCAGCCAGUGGAUGAGAAAAAUGCAGUUUUACUCGAUUAUAAACCGAUUUCUAAAGGUGCACUAUCGCUCGAAGCUCUGUCUCAGGGGGGCAGCAGACCACCCCAGCCAGUCAAUUAUGUCCGGCAUGACUCUGCGGAAAGUUUUCCUAUGUUCUCAGCUUCCACAGAUAGCUCGCAACGGGCCAAAUCUGUUGCUGAUGACGCUACCUCUCCUCAAAAAAAAACGGACAUCUCUAACUUAGGUGAUAGCCCAUGGUCUGCAGUUGGGGAUAGCGUAUUGCACAGCAUCCCGGAACGUGAGGAUACUUCUUCUCCCUGUAAAGGGAGAGAAAGAAAUGGCAGCGAUGCAUCCUUGAGCGGAAUGUCGUUCGAAAUUGUUCACUCGGAUCCGGAUAAUAUACACCUUGAACGGCCACCCAUUCCUCUCCCAUUCUUCGCUGAGUCAUCCCCCAUUCGUGCCUCUGACGAGGAGAGCUUAAUGGGGGAUCCUUCGGACUCAUUUACCGGCCAGGAAAAUCACGAAACACAUUCUGAUCCUUAUGAAGGACUCUUUAAUGGAAUCGUCGAUUUCCCUCUUGCUGUUAAACCUGCACCCGCACCAUGGAGCCCACAGUCAAUGCUAAGAGAGGCAGUCAGGUAUUAUACUUCUGGCAGCAUUGUUGAUCUUGCUAGUGCCGUACACUUUUUGCACAAACUCCACAUCUUAUUUCGCUCGCUUGAUGGCAUUAUUCCUUACGAGGAACGAGAGUUGAUACUUAAAUCAUAUAACGAACAGCUUUUACGCCGCAAAAUGUUUGUCGAGGCUGCUGAAGUCCGCCGUCAUUGUGCACCGACGUACCCCGCCGUUUACGAUUAUGCUUUAAAGGAUGUUUUUAUUAAUGUUUAUUGCUUUCAAUGCAACAAGCCUUAUGAUAAUCCGGUACGGGACAAUAAACGGUGCCAUCGUUGCAAUGUCGCACAAUCGCCCUGUACACUCUGUAUGAGCCUCAAGCCUCCAGAAGAGUGGAUUAUACAAGCGUCUGCUUUGCUCAACUCCGAACCUGAACCCAAGUCUUCGUAUCCGGAUGCACAGCCCCCUCCUGACAAUAUCCCGAUAAGCGCGCACUCCUCCACCCCUCCAAUGCCCCAUAAUCAAGAGAUUGGGCCUCGUUCUCGCAACACAACAGGCACACAAGGUCUUACUUUAUGGUACUGGUGCCAAGGAUGUGGUCACGGCGCACACUUAGCCUGCCAGAUAAUAUGGCUUAGUGACAUCUCAUUUAGUGAAGGCGGCUGCGCUACUCCCGGCUGCGGGCAUGACUGCGGGCCAGGCCCCAUACGAGACCGAAACAAUGCCUCUAGGAAGCCAGCACGAGACAUGCAAUCACUUCGUAGUCCAAGCGCGCCUUUUGCGAAACGUGAUUCGUGGAAUGCAGGGGAAAGUAAAGCGGUUGAACGCGUCAGGGGGAUGUUGGGGGUUGGUGCCGCCGCCGCCGCCGGCGGAUCUACUGCGUCAUCGCCGGGGCCGGGUAUAUCUAGUAACAGUGCGUCGGCGGUGCUCUCUCCAAAGAAAGUCAGGCUAGUCACGCCGGGAGAGCAAGAAAGAAAACAGAGCAACAGCACUACUCCCAGCACCAAUGCCAGAAGGGGCAGGGGGAAUAUUCUCAGGGGCGGCAAGAGAGGGAAAGUAGGAUAG